GGAUGAAGUAGCAUUCCUAGAAGUGAAACCCAUAUUUUUACCCCAUUUGAAUUACGAAAAAAAAUCCACCCGCUAUGUAAAUUCACUAUAGCUGCAUCUCGACGAUGAAUAUUGUGAGUCGGUGUCUGCCCUCAAUAACUACAAUAAAAUUUUACAGGAGACAGAGUCACGAGAGCCCGUACAUGGGUGACUAGUACCUAAGUACACUUCCUUGUUAGUUAUGAUGUUUCGUACCUUGUGUUACUAUGCAAUUUGACAAUAGAGCUCGUUUCGCCACGGCGUAGAUCCUACUCCAAUAUUAUCCCACAGAGCUAGUUCUUGAUUUGACAAGGCCUCCCUUUUAUUGUUCCUUCAUGCGAGAAGUCAUCAAACCUUAAAUCCUCCUUCAUCCGUUGCUUUUGUUCAGGUCCGCCCAGCAUGUUGGCGGGUUUUGGCGUCGUUUGGGAGAAGAAUAUGCAGGUGUAUUGGCGAAACGGGGGCUACUGCCAGUAUCUGGUCACCUACGUGAUUGUCUUAUGCCUGGGUAUCCGUCACCAGCUGUACUGGAACGCGGAGGAGUUGCGCGCGGACCACUUUACAGCGUACCACGAGACGCUCACCCUCCCGAACACGACCCUGGCGGAGCUGAAAGAAAACGCCACCGUGGUGGACACCGUGCGCAAGUGGAUUGUUCGUGAGCUCGCGUACGGUCUGGUUCACAACAACGCGGACAGCCAGCAGGAGGCGAUGACGCUCUUGCACGGCGUGUUGCAGCAUCCCCACGUGGCGAACUCGGAGCUCGUGUCCGUGCAAAGGGGCGGCCCCGAACCGGAGCUGUUCCGCCACGCUGUGAGCGGCCUGGUGUCCAACAUCACCGCAAAGGUGCUGCGGCAGGAAGC